AUGAAACAUGACUGAAACUAUAUAAACCCCCUGUACCAGCUGGGCUGGAUUAUUCUGCAUUCAACAGAGCUCUGCUGCACUUCAUUGUCCAAGCACUAUUUAUCUUGCAAAGAUGUCUAACAAGAAGGAUCAUCAGUAUGUUGAAAGGCUCGGCCAACAAUACAAAAAUGCUCCAAGAGAGGCACAACGGGAAGUUGCCAGAGGAAUUGGCAUAGGUACAGUCGGGGUCGGAAAAGAUACCACAGCCGCCAAUGCUCAGGCUUAUAAGGGUAACAUCAGCUCAGACUCGGGGGUCUCCAAAUUUCAAUCUGCCGGAAUGGGGCCUAAGUAGUUUAGAUAUUCUGUAAUCCCUUAUCUACAAUUAAGUUUUUAUUGUAAAACCUUAUAUACUUAUUUCCAUCACUCCUAAAUGUUUAUGUAGCUUCAGAAUUUUUUGUUUUAAAUAUGUUAAUGUAAACCUUAUAAUAAAGUUUUUUCUUUAAACUUUUUUAUCUCUUCCCCUGUUGAUAUG